UUGUGCUGCUGCUGCUGCUGCUGUGGGGUAAAGAGAGAGAAAGAGAGAUGGAGAUGGAGAGGCUCCUCCUAAGGAUUUAGCCCCAAAGCCUGCUGCUCUGAUUUGCAGAGAGAAUCCAAAGGACAUCCAAGGGAAGGGGAUGAACGCGAAGAACUGAAACUGCCCACCCCCCAAAACACUCACUAAAGAGAAUAUAUAUACAUACAUACUGUAGCUACUCACUCACUGUGAGGGAUAGAUAGAAAGAAAGAAGAGAUUUUCAUGUAAUCAGAAUUCCUCCCUUCACUUCAGUCUGUGUCUUCUUAUCCAAUCCGGUUCUUACAUUUGAUUGGGAUUGCUGGUUGGAUUUUCUGGACGUCAAGAUCGACUCUUUGCUAUCUCUCCUCCUGUAUCCUGUCUCUUUGAGGAGGCAUAUGUUUAUGUUUUAUAAACAAAACGGAUUCUUUUAAAUCCGCGAUUAACCAUUUUCAGUCGAAGAUUGUGCCCUGCCAACAAGGAAAUUAACCUGUAUAUAUACUUUGAUUUCAAUAUCAUUAAUUGAUUGGAAAUUUCUAGAUAUGUUGGAAGAUCUGAUCUGGAGGGAUUACUUGAGGGCCUGUGAACUGGAAGGGAACUGGUCCUGCAUGAAUUGCCGUCUUGAUAAAAUAGAAAUCCUGAAUGGCAAAAGGCCCUUAGAAAUAGAAGGCGACGAACGAGGACUUGUUGCAAAAAAGUUACCCAAGCGAUUUGGUAACUUGUGUAUGUCAGCUGCAGAAUCGAAUGAUAGUUCCAACAAGGACCCUCUUAUCCAUGGUAUCGGCAGAGACAACUCGAUUAGCUCUCUGAUUCGUUGUUCGAGAUCAGAUUACGGUUGUAUUGCAAUGUUAAAUAGAGGCUUUCGCAAUUUAAUCCGGACGGGGGAGCUCCACAGGUUAAGACGCCAGAAUGGCGUCGUUGAACAUUGGAUUUAUAUUUCUUGCGAUUUACUCGAAUGGGAAGCUUUUGACCCGAAUCGUGGCCGUUGGAUGCAUUUACCGAUGAUGACUUCUAACGAGUGUUUCUUCUAUUCUGAUAAGGAAUCGUUAGCUGUGGGAACUGAACUUCUCGUAUUUGGAAAAGAGGUGAUGUCAAAUGUCAUCUACAAAUACAGUUUAUUGACGAAUUCAUGGACAACCGGUAUGAGAAUGAAUUCUCCGAGGUGUUUGUUUGGUUCAGCCAGUAUUGGAGAGAUAGCAAUUGUGGCUGGAGGCUGUGAUCCCCAAGGUAUCACUCUUAGCUCGGCUGAGAUUUAUAACUCGGAAACAGGGAUCUGGAAAACACUGCCCUCCAUGAAUAAGCAACGUAAAAUGUGUUCAGGGGUAUUUAUGGAUGGGAAGUUUUAUGUUAUAGGAGGCACCGAAGGAAGUGAUUCAAAGGUUCUUACUUGUGGAGAAGAAUUCAAUUUGGAAACAGAAAUAUGGACUGAAAUUCCUAAUAUGUCCCCUGUCCGUGCAGCUAGGGACAACGAAGUGGCUGCAACUUCUGAAGCACCUCCUUUGGUUGCUGUUGUAGAUGAUGAAUUGUAUGCAGCUGAUUAUGCUGGGAUGGAAGUUAAAAAAUAUGACAAAGUGAACAGAGUGUGGGUUACAGUUGGGAGGUUGCCUGAUAGGGCAGACUCGAUGAAUGGAUGGGGUUUGGCCUUUAGGGCUUGUGGACAUCAGCUGAUUUGUAUUGGCGGACCAAGGGGAGCAUCUGGGGAAGGGUUUAUAGAGGUUAAUUCAUGGAUUCCUAGUGAAGGACCUCCACAAUGGAAUUUGCUUAGCAGGAAGCAAUCGCCUACCUUUGUUUAUAAUUGUGCUGUAAUGGGUUGCUAGCUAAAGCUUCGAUGAUCUUUGCAGCACCAACACAGAAUUCUGGUUAAUGGGUAUUUUUUUCCCAACUUUGUUUUUUUUCUUUUCAAUGAAAUAUUUCCAUCUUCAAUGUAUUCUUUUUUGGUUUUGAGUGGGUCGGGGAGGGAAGAAAUAUUAGUUUUUUCUAAAGAUUUAACAAUCUUAUGAGAAAGAAGCUCUUAAGCUAUAUUUUUAGAUUCAACAGUUUAACCCUUUUAAAUUAUCCUUCCCCAUUGACAGAGUGAGAUUGUAAGGUGAGAGUUAGCAGCCAGAUUGAUUAAAUAAUGUGACAUUAAAACAGUUUAAUUGUUGAUCUCUAUUGGGGCAUUGAUUAAAUAAUGUGACAUUAAAACAGUUUAAUUGUUGAUCUCUAUUGGGGCAUGGCCUUUGAUGAUGGAAAAUAAAGUUUUGUAAACUUUUCCUGUG